CUCGAUAACACGUCUUUACAUUAUUGCCAUUCGAUAUAUUUUCCAUUUCAUUUUCACAGCAUACUAUAAUAAUUGCUAGAGAAUCAGAAUUAUUUAGAAAUCGAUUGCCAUGUCGCACACCGUGUUAUUAGUGCACCCGAAGAAAAGUCCACAGACGCGCACCUAUAGCGAGUUCAAGACGCUGGAUGAAUGCUUGGAGGCUGUCUGCAAUAUCUAUGAGGAGCACCUGAAGCGUAAAUACCCCAAUAUGCCCACCAUAACGUAUGACAUAAAGCAACUGUUCGACUUCAUCGACUCCUUCGUGGAUAUCUGCUGUCUGGUGUAUCAGAAGAGCACGGACAGCUAUUCGCCCUACGGCAGGGAAUGGAUCAAGGACAAGAUCUAUGAGCGGUUUCGACACGCAGCUAUAAAUAACAAAGGAAAGCAAAUCAGAUACGAACAAGUGGAGAAAAAAAAAAACAAAAGAAACAAUCAAUUAAUUAAUCACCAGCAACAAGAGAGGAGCAUUAAGUAUAAUCGCUUCUCGGGGAGUGUGCAGCAAUAAAAAGUAAUACACUUAAACGUAAA